AUGGAUGGCCUAUCAUCACCCAAGGAAGUCCAUCAUAAUGGUGUGAUGGAAGUUUUAAUCUUUCCUGCAGUCAAUGUCAGGAAAAAUCAGGGUGGAAAAACCUGCAAUGCAGAAGCUGCUGAGAGAUACACAGAAGUGACUGAGCUGUCCAUUCUGGUGACUGACUCAAACACCAUCCACAUUUGGUAUUUGCCAGAUGCUCUCAGCCCAAAAAGAAGGGCUGACAUAUGGAACUGCCUUCAUCUUCUGAGGGAACCACUGUGGGAGAGCAUAAAGGCUUCCCCACAGGCAUGGUGGAUGGACAAGUCAUAUUUCCAUGAUAAUGCUGAGUUGAAAGGUGCCAUCAACCUGUCACCUGCAUGGUUUCAACAGGGUCAUGGGCCCCAAAAUGGCUUCCUGGAAGCCUCACAUGGCUGCUCAAAUCCAGGAUGGAAAACACUUCUACAAGGGAAUGGGGAAGCAUUGAUCUGCCUUGGCAAACAGGCAGAACAGUGGGCAGAUUCGGAUAUGAGCUCCAUACUGCUGAUAUGGAGCUCCACAUAUAGCAGCAUGUCCGUGAUGGUGAAUCAGGCAACUUGUUACCACAGGGAUAUCAAUGGACAGGAUCCAUGGUAUGACAUGCUGGUAACCAUGGGCAACUACCCACCCUUGGACUUUGUCAUUCCAAUGUUGAAUCUGCAGCUGCACUACAACCCAGUGAUGAUCAUUGCAUCUUCAGGUUCAGCAUUGGAGCAUGGGGUGGGAGCUGUAGACAGUGACAGAGCAUGCCUGGCAUGCUGCAUGCAUGCCAAUGUACAUCAUUGCAACUGGAGAACUGUUGAUUUGAAGCUGCAAAAUUUAAUGUGGUGUUGCCAAGAUUUUGCAAAUGGGCAGGUGCUUUGA